AUGGAGCCAAGAGUAAUUGCUGAAAGGGCAAGACAUUUUCUCCAAGAAUGGCAAGUAGUAGCAGUUGAUCAUCACUUAAGCACAAUGCUAGUACCACAUUCUGUAUUGAGAUGGGAAAAACCUACUCCUAGAUGGACAAAAUUAAAUGUUGAUGCCGCACUAAACCUGGAAACAAAUACAGUGAAUUUUGGUUGGGUCCUUAGGGAUGAAUACGGCUCUUUCAUUGCGACAGUCGGCUCACCUAGUUGUGGUGGAUACUCUCCAAAGAUAGCAGAUCAGAGGCCUUGGCGAUUCGUGAAGCAUUGGGAUGGAUAA